AUGUUCCAGCCCAAACAGCCCUUCGAGGGUCAAGAAGCAAUAGAGGCCCGGCUAAUCGAAACCAAUGACGAUGGUCUGACUUUUAUAUCAUCACAAUGCAUCUCAUUUGCAAAGGAACGACCUGAUGAUUUCAUGAAUUACUUGAGAUAUGCUUGGAAGCAAGAUGGACCUACCAUUCGGGAGGACAAAGACCUACUGAAUGCAUUACAAAAAGUCGAGGAACACGGCCAAGGGGCGAGACAGCUAGCCUGGUUUCAUUAUAUCUUCCGUUCCCGAACAUUAGAGAAGUUCUACAAAGAUAUACUGCAGAUUGACGAUGGUUUCUUGAAUGUAAUUCUGAAAGAGCUUGAUAAGAAGCCAGGCUUCCAACAUUCAAAGCAGCUUUAUGAGAUGUUGAACAAGAUGUGGCCCGGAAAACUUUCAGGGGACGAUCGCGACCGACUCGGGGCGUAUUUCAAAUCAAACCAGUCACCUAAGCUCAACUGCACUGCGAACUUGUGGGAUUCCUUCUCCGAGCUGCGGUCACUUUUCUCUGGCGUUCUGAGGGUGCCAUCAACGGAUAUCGGCCGGGUCUAUGAUGAGCUCGUAAACGUCAAGCACUCGGUAACUAUUUUUGGCCAGACAAAGGAAGCACAAGCAGUUAGACUACUUGUUGCUCUGAGUGACGAUAUCGACAAAUAUGGCCACUAUCUCGAUAAGAAAAAACUUCUUAAAAGCGAUAUCUUUCCAGUUACUGGAAAAGGCUGGUGUCCUAAGCUGUGCUCAGCCUCGGCUGAAUUCUACAUUAUGGACAGAGAGGACUUCUACACUAACCUUCGCUACAAGGUUCCAGUCCUAAAUAUUUAUUACACGACAUUUUGGCUACUACAACCUUUCUUCGUUUGGGCAGGACUCGAGGACCGCUAUCUCAAGAACCAUGUCUCGAUCCAGGCUCAGGGACGUCGCCAUACAUACAUUCGCUGCGAGCAAAGGGACUGUUACGGUAGGCUACCAGUGGACUACAUGCUCGCCGUUCAUUACAGGAGUCCCCAGACACUAACGGCAUUUGGGAGAAGCUCCUUAGCUCGAACCCUAGAGAAGACCAGAAUACACUACCUUGGAGAUAACAGCAUAUCCACAACUCUUAAGAUAAAGAGUGCCGAGGAUGCAAAGGUUAUAGCGCCGUAUCCAGAUGUCGUUGUACUCAAAGAUGAUGAUGGUUUGGAGAUUUACCUCGAGAAAAGUUCAGCAGAAGUCGCAAGAGCAGUUCAACUCCCGGCGAGACUAGCAAAAAUUAAAAUUCUCAUGACGGACCUCAAGGACGAGUCUAAGAGUAUAUGGCCCGUGGAUCAAACAACGGUUGGCUUGAUAAGGACGAUCCUUAUGACCAACAACCAUAACCUACCGUCUAUCAAGAUGAUUCUUGAUGAAGAGGGCAUAGUUGAUGCAGACAAGCUACAAAAUUCCGAAUACAUACUCGAGAAUGAUCACGGAAGGCUGUCGAGACUGCUCUUCGAUAGGAAGCCUGAUCGACCGUCUGGCAAUGAUUUGAGUCGUCCAGAUCAAAAGCCAAAGACUACUGAAGGGAAGGACCAGAACAAUGAUCUCACUCAGCAACUGAGUUCGUUGAGCUUGCAGGGGACGCAAGAUGAAACAGAAACGUCUUGGAGUUCGGAUUCAACGAAGGAAACUCUUGUAUGA